CCGGGUAAGAUGGCGGCAGUAGAACAGUGCUCGCUCUCAGCUCAAUGGCGCCCAGUUUCCCUCACGCACGUUGAAUAUCCUGCAGGGGACGUCUAUGGGCAGCUGUUGGCCUACCUCAGCCUAUCGCCAGUCUUCAUUCUCGUCAGUUUUGUGACGCUAAUCAUAUUCAAGAGAGAACUUCACACGAUUUCCUUUCUGGGGGGCUUGGUAACGAAUGAAGGUGUAAACUGGUUAAUAAAGAAUAUAGUGAGAGAGCCACGUCCUUGUGAAGGGACACACACAACAGUCACAACAGAGUAUGGGUUACCCUCCAGUCAUUCUCAGUUCAUGUGGUUUUUCUCUGUAUAUUCAUUCCUCUUCCUUUAUUUAAGAAUGCACCAGACCAACAACGCUCGGUUCUUGGACCUGCUCUGGCGCCACGUGCUGUCCUUGUGUCUCCUGACAGCAGCAUGUCUUGUGUCAUAUAGUAGAGUGUAUCUCGUGUAUCACAGCUGGAGUCAAGUUGCAUAUGGAGCUGUGGCUGGAAGCAUCUUGGCUAUAGCCUGGUUUGUUUUCACACAGGAGAUCCUAACACCGCUGUUCCCAAGAAUCGCAGCCUGGCCGAUCUCAGAAUUCUUCCUUAUCCGUGACACCAGUUUGAUCCCCAAAUAUCUUGUGGUUUGAGUACACAGUCACUCGAUCAGAAGCCAGAAACAGACAACGUAAACUUGGUACAAAGCUUCAGUGA